AAAAAAGUGAGAUGAAUCUCCAGCAUCUUCCCUUUUCUUCAUCAUUUUUACUUUCACUUCAGUCCAGUGGUCAUCAAAUUUAUCGAAAAUUAAUUUUCCAUUAACAAAAUGAAUCAAUUUCAUCUUAUUACCUUAAUUGUUACUUUAAUCGUCCAACAAGUGGCCUCACAAUGCGGAGGUGGACGUGGAACUGGUUAUUUUGCUCACGAAUCUCAAUGUGAUCGUUAUUAUAUCUGUGAGAAUGGUCAAGUGGUCAAUGAAGGAUUAUGUGAUGAUGGAUUAGUCUUCAAUGAAUAUGGUAAUCCAUCAAGAUUAAAGUGUGAAUUACCUUUCGGAAUUGAUUGUUCAAACCGACCAAAUCUUCAACCUCCUAAACCCACCGGUGAGUGUCCACGACAAAAUGGUAUGUUCCCUGACCCUCGAGACUGUACCCGUUUCAUUGAAUGUGGUAACGGUGAAGCUCAUGUCAAAUCGUGUGCCUCAGGAUUGGCCUACAACCGAGUGAACGGUAACUGCGAUUGGCCUGAAAACACACCCGAAUGUCCAGCUGAAGCAUUAUUAGGAUUCACUUGUCCCCCAGCAACCCAACGGGAAUUACAGUUAUUUGGUAAUCCAAGAUACGCUCAUCCAACUGAUUGUAAAAUGUUGUACGCUUGUAUCCCGGUCACAACUGACCCAUCGGGACCAAGGACACCACGAUUAUUAGGCUGUGAUGAUGGUUUCGUUUUCAAUUCAGAAACAGGCGCUUGUGAUAAUCCUAAAAAUGUCAGAGGAUGUGAAAAUUAUUAUGGAAACACAAUUGAUGCCAACAACCGUUAUAGUCUUGUCGCAUCUUCAUCAUAAUUAUAACAUUUUUUUUCAUUGAUAAUUUUUUUCUCUCUCGAUAUUUACAACUGUAAUCUCGUUAAUAAAUCAAUUCUAUUUAAA